GGGAGACCGGGAGGAGGAGAGAAGCAGGAUGGAGACAUGGGGUUAGGUGGCUCCGGGGAGCUGAAGAAAAGAGAGCAAAGAGGGGGUGUGGAUUAGAAACCAGGAGGUAACCCCGGGGAGAAGCAGGAGGCAGAGAAAGGGGUAGGAAGAUCGGGAGGUAGAGGGAGGCUGGAGGGUUGGGGAAAAGAGGAAAGGAAGGAGGAGAGGCACAGAGAGCUGGGAGAGCAGAGAGGAGUGUAUUUGGGGGGUCUCAGUUCCCUGCUGCCUCGGUGUUUGGGGAACGGGACUCCCUGUAGGGAGGAGAGGCAGGCUGGAAGUCCUGGAGGGACAGGGUCCCACAGAGCGGGGAAGGAGGAGCUGAGAGAGGGGCCAGGACACUGGGAGGGGGUUGCUCAGAGGCCUCCCAGGGAUGGGGGUUGCUGCUCGUCUGAGCGCUCCUAGGGCGCUGGUACUCUGGGCCGCACUGGGGGCGGCAGCUCACAUUGGACCUGCACCUGACCCCGAGGACUGGUGGAGCUACAAGGAUAAUCUCCAGGGAAACUUCGUGCCAGGGCCUCCCUUCUGGGGCCUAGUGAAUGCAGCCUGGAGUCUGUGUGCUGUGGGGAAGCGGCAGAGCCCUGUGGAUGUGGAACUGAAGAGGGUCCUUUAUGACCCCUUUCUGCCCCCACUGAGACUCAGCACUGGGGGAGAGAAGCUCCGGGGAACACUGUACAACACCGGCCGCCAUGUCUCCUUCCUGCCUGCCCCGCGGCCCGUGGUCAAUGUGUCUGGGGGUCCCCUCCUCUACAGCCACCGACUCAGUGAACUGCGACUGCUCUUUGGAGCACGUGAUGGAGCUGGCUCUGAACACCAGAUCAACCACCAGGGCUUCUCUGCUGAGGUGCAGCUCAUACAUUUCAACCAAGAACUCUACGGGAACUUCAGCGCCGCCUCCCGGGGCCCCAAUGGCCUGGCCAUUCUCAGCCUCUUCGUCAAUGUGAGCCGAGGCGAGAUCCCAAAGGACGAAGGGGAAUUCUGGAAUCCAGUCUGGGGAAGAGGGAGUCUGGGUGGCCCAGACUCCUGGGUCCUGGGGGAGGGAGGAUUGGGAACUUGGACUUGGGACUUUUGGAUUCCUACCUCCUCACCUUGUACCCCCACACAGGUGGCUGGCAGCUCGAACCCCUUCCUCAGCCGCCUCCUUAACCGGGACACCAUCACCCGCAUCUCCUACAAGAAUGAUGCCUACUUUCUUCAAGACCUGAGCCUGGAGCUCCUGUUCCCCGAAUCCUUCGGCUUCAUCACUUAUCAGGGCUCCCUCAGCACCCCGCCCUGCUCAGAGACUGUCACCUGGAUCCUCAUUGACCGGGCCCUCAAUAUCACCUCCCUCCAGAUGCACUCCCUGAGACUCCUGAGCCAGAAUCCUCCGUCCCAGAUCUUCCAGAGCCUCAGCGGUAACGGCCGGCCCCUGCAGCCCUUGGCCCACAGGGCUUUGAGGGGCAACAGGGACCCGCGGCACCCCGAGAGGCGCUGCCGAGGCCCCAACUACCGCCUGCAUGGUAUGGUCCGGUCUGCACCCCUCCCCCCACGUCUUGGUCUAACCCGCCUAUGUGUGUCCCCUUCUUUUCUCAACAUGAUAUAGUCCUACCCACCCCUUUGCCGUUUCUGUAAGGUCCAGCCUCCUGAGCUCGCACUCGCUCUUUCUCCCCUCUAUGUGUCAACAUGGUACAGUCCACCUCCACGCCAGAGACCAUUGGUGGUCCGUGAUUUGUCUUUCCUCUCCACUGUUUGCAACUUGCAACUUGGUAUAUAACCCGAGCUCCCUGGCUUCCCACUGGGCCGUGGUUUUUAUUACGACGGCUUUCCAAAAUGGUACAGCCCGGAUCCCUUCCCUGUUUCGGUGUGGUACAAAUCUCAGGCUGUUCCAUAAUCUGACACACACCCCUUCCUGAAAAUCAACAUGGUACGGUCCCCUCCCCUUUCUACUGCCUCCCGGUGCUUCGACCCUGUGAUCUCACAGCCACUCAGCUAGCUUCUCAACGUGGUAUGGCCCAGACCCUCCCACCCCCACCCCAUGAAUACCUUCGCGUAGUUCAGUCUGAUGCUGAAGCUGGACGUCCACCCUCCUAUUCCACCCUCCUGCUGCCUCCUGCUGGUUAAAACCAGUGCCGGUCCAGAAUCUGACCGUUUACCCCAGUUUCUCGACCUGGUACAUCCCGGCUUCCCCAUUCGCAGCCUCCGUGGUAGAGCCCUCCGCGGCCCAGGCCCCGACUCCCACAAACCCUCUUGCAGGGUGCAACCUCUCGUGCCGUAAACUAACGCUCCCCCACCGCUGUCGUCUGUCUUACAGUGGAUGGUGCCCCCCAUGGUCGCUGAGACUCCCCAUCGAGGAUUGUGCCUGUCCUUUCCAAGCCUCCCAACACGGGGAGGGGAGUCACCCCCAAAACAAAGCUAUUAAAGGGACAGAAUACUUCCUGUUUCUUAGUGGUCUGAUUCUAGGCGCGGCGGGGAAGCAUUUGGGUAGUUCAUGAAGAACAGCAGCCUUCUUCUAGAAACCAAUCUCCGUCUUCCUAAACCGCACU